AUGGACUCCUCGGCGCGAUCGGGCGCCACGGCGUCCUCCAACCCCCGCGCCUGGAUCGUCGCGGGCGUCGCCGUCGCCGGGGUCAUCGUCCUCGCGGAGGUCGCGCGGCGCCGCCGGAGGUGGCUGCGCGGCAACUCCAGCCCGCCCCCGUACUCCGGGGCCUUCUGCGACCGCCUCGAGCUCGCCCCUCCGCCGCAGCCCCCGCCUCCCGCGGCGCGCCAGCAGCUCCCGGACCUCACCUUCGCGGUCAGCGACAACUUCGAGAUCGAGGGCUAUGUAGCCGGCUUCGGAAACCCGGACUGGAAGAGGACCCACAAGGCAGCGAGCCACACGGCGGCGGCCGUCAAGGCUCUGCUGAAGCAGGGGGCUACCUGCGUCGGGAGGACAGUCAUGGAUGAACUCGGCUUUGGUGUUACUGGAGAAAAUUUACACUGUGGAACACCAAUUAACCCAGCAUCUCCAUCAGUUGUCCCUGGAGGGUCAUGCAGUGGCUCCGCUGUUGCAGUUUCUGCGCAGCUUGUCGAGUUCGCUCUUGGUACUGAUACAACUGGUGAUCUGAGAAUUCCAGCAGCUUUCUGCGGUGUUCUUUGUUUCCGGCCUUCUCAUGGGGUUGUGUCUACUCUUGGGACCUUACCGAAUUCACAUAGUCUAGACACCAUUGGAUGGCUUGCACGAGAUCCUCAUAUACUUAGUCGUGUUGGAGAUGCUCUGUUACCGGCUGCUGCAUGUGGACUUAGGGGGAAAAGGCAGUUGGUUUUUGCUGAUGAUUGCUUUGAGUUGCUAAAGAUUCCCAACCAGAAAACAGUGGAUGUCAUAGAAAAUGCUGUCCGUACAUUACCUUAUGGAUUUCAGCCACCUAAGCACAUCAAUAUUGGCCAGUAUAUCUGUUCAAAUGUACCUAGCUUGAAGGAGUUCUGCGAACCUUCUACAAAGUUGCAAGAAGGAAAGUCAGCCUUGAAAGCUCUCUGCACUGUUAUGCUGUUAUUACAGAGAUAUGAAUUCAAAGCAAACCAUGAGGAUUGGGUUAACACUGUGAAACCCAAGCUUGGCCUUGAAGUAUCUACUCGUGUACUACAAGCUGUAAACUUCACAGACGACAACAUCAAAUCCUUGUACAUUGUACGAACUGAAUGGCGAGCUGCACUGAAGAAUCUUCUAAAGGAUACUGGAAUUUUAGUUCUGCCAACCAUGGCUGGACACCCUUUGAAAAGGAACUCUAAACAGAGAUUGUCAUCCGAAUUUGAAGAUAAAAUGUACGCAUUUGUCAGCAUUGCUGCACUUUCAGGCUGUUGCCAGGCCACUGUUCCCUUGGGAAAUCACAAUGAUCAUCCUAUAUCUAUUUCAUUUGUAGCAGCUCAUGGAUCAGACAAGUUCCUUCUUCGUGCUAUCUUGGAUAUGUAUUCAGCCGUCCAAGAACAAAUAGUUUUGGCAUCCAAGUUGGCACUUCCACCAGUAAUUGAUCGUGAUGUUGAUACAUCAGAGUUGUUGAAAGAAAAGGGAAAUAAUUCCUUCAAAAGAAAACAAUGGAGCAAAGCUAUUGAAUCCUAUUCCGGGGCAAUCAAAUUGAACGACACAAAUGCGACAUACUAUUGCAAUAGAGCAGCUGCUUAUCUGGAACUUGGCCGUUUCAAGCAAGCUGAAGCGGAUUGCGACCAGGCCUUACUGUUGGAUAAAAAGAAUGUUAAAGCAUACCUACGACGAGGUACCGCAAAAGAAAGUGUUUUGAAUUACCAAGAAGCUCUGCAAGAUUUCAGGCAUGCUUUAGCUUUGGAGCCGCAGAACAAAACAGCCCUUGCAGCAGAGAAAAGGCUACAGAAACACCUGAGGUGA